AUGGAUUCCGGAAAGGCUGCCGUUAAGCUCGUCAAGGUCGUCAAGGUCCUCGGGCGCACUGGAUCCCGUGGAGGCGUUACCCAGGUCCGCGUCGAGUUUAUGGAUGACACCACCCGUUCCAUCAUCCGUAACGUCAAGGGCCCCGUCCGUGAGAACGACAUUCUCUGCCUCCUCGAGUCCGAGCGUGAGGCCAGGAGACUGAGAUAA